AUGUCUACCGCUGUCAUUGUCCCAGGCUCUUUCGCGGCCCUAUCUAUGUACGAAAGCUUGUCGCAAAGUCUCACUAGCAAUGAUAUACCCAACGAGAUAGUUGACUUGCCCUCGGUUGGACGGCGAGAAGUCAAGCCGGCUACCAUGACUGACGACGUCAACGAGAUUGUGUCGGUAGUGGAAAAGCUAGUCGAUCAGGGCAGAGAGGUUGUCCUUUUGACUCACUCUUACGGAGGAGUCCCCGCCACCCAAAGUCUCAAGACACUGUCUCUAAAAGCCCGACAAGCUGAGGGUAAGGAGGGAGGUGUUAGCAAGAUCAUCUACAUGGCUGCCGUCGCACUGCCAGUUGGCGGGUCCGUUUUGUCGCUACUGGAAGCUCCCGACUUUCUCAAAAUCGAGGCAAGAUCUUUCUUCACAAUCCCUCAACAGAUACUGACCUCGCAACAGGAUGACUACAUGACGCUGGAAUCGGAAUGCGCACCAUUUCUUUACUCAGACUUCUCACCCGAGGAGGCCCUCGGACUUGCCAGAGCGAUGCCGCAGCACUCAACAGCGUCGUACAGAGAACAGUUGAGUUACCCUGGUUAUGAAGAUGUUGGCGUGCACUACGUCGUCUGCGAAGAGGAUAAGCUCAUUCUUACGGCUUAUCAGUAUGGAAUGGUUGAAUUUUUGAAGGGAGCGAGUAAAGGCGAGGUUGGCGUGCAUAAGAUCAAGAGCGGACAUGUUCCCAACUUGACGCAGCCGGAUAACGUCGCCGACAUUGUUAAAAGAAUCAUUGGAAGCACAUAA